AUGCGAUGUCUGCCGAGUAGCGUCGUGUUCCAAUUUUUGGGCUCAGCUUCCGCCGCCUUGACGACGAAGAGCCAGCUUUGUGCGUGCGCUUCCCGGGCUCAGGACGUCCACUUCUGGCCGGAGAAGAGGACGACUCAACCCCUUGUCGCUUAUCGAACAGAUGCGCAGGGGGCACCUGCAACGGAUUUCCAGCUUCGGGAAACAUCGGCGGUCGCUUCUUCACUUUCUCAUUUCUCUUCGGUGGUCGAGACAGUACGGAGGGCUUCUGCAUCCUCGGCGGUGACGAUGACGAUGAGCGGGUGCGGCGCACCCCCCUGUGACCCGCCGGCGCCCUUGGUGGGCUCGUCGGAUGUGGAUGACCAAACAUUGGAAGCAUACCCUUGA